UUGUUCAGUGGGUAACAAAUUCCCCUUGACUUAUGACAAAGUUUUCAGCUGUACUGAUUAAACAAGGGAUAACAAUGCUAAGAGACGCAGCAUGUUGAUUUCUAAGUAAAUUCGGAAACUUUUGACAUACACAAAUGGCCAAGACUUUAGUUUCAUACUCUAUAUGUAAAAGGUGCUGCAUUUUUUGGAAGUAGCCAAAGACAAUUGGAGAGAUUGACAGGUGGGUGAGACUGUACAGUGUUUUGCCAAAUAGGAAUCCAGAUUCCAGAUGGACGUCAUGAUGGAAUCGGACUUGUCCCUGCUGUCUUCUUGCAAGGAAGAGUUCAAGGCUGAGGAUUAUAUACAACCGCAUUACAAGGAGGCAUAUCGGUUAGCCAUUGACAGUCUGGUCAGUGGGGGAGAAGAUUUGUAUCAAACUUUUAUCAAAAAGGAGGGCAUAUGGGGCUUCCUGUCAGAGGAGGAAAUCCAUCACAUUACAGAGAGUGUCGUACAGCCACCCACCAACAACCACUCAGAGGAAGUGGACUGUCCCCGGGAUGACGCUUCCUCCACGGGUACAUACUGGCCCACUAACUCUGACACAGACCCUCCAAACCUGGACUUAGGCUGGCCUGAACCCUCGCACAGUAGACUUCAGACCAGCAUAGACCUGCUCUUCCAUCCACCCCGCCAAAACAGCCCCACCAUCAAGGAAGUGAUCUGCAAACACAUACAGGAUGCCAAGCAGGUCAUUGCAAUCGUAAUGGAUGUUUUCACUGAUGUGGACAUCUUUAAAGAGGUGGUUGAUGCCUCUGUCAGGGGGGUUCCUGUCUACAUUCUACUCGACCAUGACUACUUCAAAAGAUUUCUCACCAUGAUAGAAAAACAAGAUGUCCAAAUGCAAAAAUUUAGGAACUUGAGGGUACGGAUCGUGAAAGGACAGGAAUACUGUUGCAGAUCUGGGGCAAAGUUCCAUGGAGCUAUGGGCCAGAAAUUCCUCCUUGUUGACUGCCAAACAGCAUUUUUUGGAUCAUACAGCUUCAUGUGGUCCUACGAGAAGAUCAACCUCAGCAUAAUGCAGGUUAUUACAGGCCAACUAGUGGAGUCUUAUGAUGAGGAAUUCCGAACGUUGUAUGCUCGAUCUACAGUCCCAACUCCAUUUCAGACUUUAGACAUGCAGUGUGAUAUAAGACCCAAUGGCAAAAUGGAUGGAUAUCACGUUCAUUCCAGCAAGCCCUUUGAAAGAAAAGACCAUUUAAGGCAUACGCUUGAUGCAGUUUACCGACAAACCUGUGAAAGACGAUCAGGGUUUUCACCAUUGAGAGAGCUUGAAGAAAGGCCACUUGUUACUCCACACACUCGAUUAUUGCAAGAAAAAUCUGAUUUUUACAAAAGACACAGCUAUGCUGGCGAGCGUCAGGAGUCUGCAUAUAUUCCACAAUUGUCCAAGUAUGGCUCCAGUAAUUGGAACAUAGCAGCAGAGGGCGGCCGUUAUGGAGGUUUCUCCAAAAACAUGGACAACCAGUAUGAAAGUUAUGUUGUCAACCCGAUGUACAGAGGUUCGCACAUACGGCAGUCUUACCAUGGCCAUGACAAACAAGUUCUCAACAUGAGGCAAAAUCUGCCCAGCUUAGCAAGUACCUCUAAGUCUUUUCUUCGUACUUGGAGGAUAGAGUCUUACCUCAACAACAACAAUGACGCCCCCUUUAAGGAGAACUAUGAUUAUCUGGACCAAUAUGAGAAGGAGAAUAAAAUAGCGCCUCCUCAGCACUCUCGUCUCAGGUCAUCUAUGGUUUUCACAUCCACCAUACCGGAGCAAUCAGAGACAAACAGCUACUCCAAUAAUUCAGCAUCCUUCAACCAUGAUCAAGUAGGAAUUCAACCGAGUGCCCAGAUCUAUUCCUCAACGCCGUGGAAUCAGCCUCAUACUGGGACCACACAGCAUGAUAGGUAUAUGCAAAAUAGGCCCAGUAUACAGAUUUUAGAAAACUCAGGAACUAACACAAGCUUCAACUCUGGAAGAGAUGCAAUAUAUGCCAGUCUAAACAGAGCUAAAAACCGAUUUGGAAACAAGGAAGAUGACAUCCAACGAGAGAACUCUUACAAGAGGCACAGUGUGGCCGAUCCCAGGAGCAAUACAUAUAACAGUGACACGACUGAGCCCUCUAGUUACAUGUAUUCCUCUUUGCCUAGAAGACCAAGAGACAAGGUUUCCAUAAAUGAGCUUCCCAGAAAUGGAGGGUACACUCCAAAUCUCAAAGAGGACCAGAGGUCUGUCUCACAUUAUGAUGUCCAAAAGGCAAAUGAGUGUAUGAUUACGUCAGGAAACAAAUGGCAAGAACCUCCCUCGAGAACUGUGUCAGCAACACUCCUUGACACAGAGGACAGUCAGCCUUUGAAAUCCACUGGGGUAACAUCGCCACGAUUCUUUAAAAGGAGCACCAAGAAAAUUAGAUCUCUUCUAAACAUCCCACAGAAAGGAGAAAGAAAUAAUGGCUCAAGUCUUAAAAGCAGCACUGAUACGAUUAUCGCGGAUGAUGAUGCCAUACCUGACAAGAAAUGUCAUGGUAGCUCUACCAAUUCCAUCAAAUCCAUUGAUAGCAGUAGAUUCAGGAAAGCAAACGGUAAGAUCCCUGUCAUUGAGAACAACUCUGCUGGCCUGGUGGGUGAGACAUCUGUACCUCGGUUUAGCACUGAUGAGCUUAAACAAAGCCAAACCAUAAGUGCUGUAGAGAUUUCCAAAACACAGGACCAAACCCCAGUCAUUACUCAGAAUAAGAGGCCGGACUCUACAAUAACCAAAUCAGAUCUGUUGCCAAAGCAACAAGUAUCAGCAAACAGGCUGUACAGCAGAUUUGAGCCACUUUGCUCAUUUGAAGCAAAGUGUCCCUCGGCAGGUCAGUCUGCAUAUGCAUCGACAAACAGCUACGAAACACUGAAAGCAAGAAAUUCUGUGUUUUUAAGAGGACAACCAAUGAGUGACCAUAACAGAUAUACAAACCAACAGACACAUGGCCAUGACAAUAGAAUUGGUCGUUUCAUUCAACGGGUUGGAAAUAUGAUACACAGGAAUAAGUACUGAUCAGCCAAUGUAUAGUGAAAGAGUACAAUGCUAAAGUUGAUGUGUGUGAUUUCUACGCCACUAGCAUCAACAAACGAAAUUUCAAAAGUAAUGUUUGUUUUUUAGAAUACGUAAUUCGUCUUCCUUGGCAGACAAACAGAUACUCUUGCCCCAAACUCACAGCAUUGGUCUAGUAAAUGUUGUUGUGUCGGGCUGUGGUGUGUUUCUCAAAAGCACCGUUAGCCAACUAUGGUUGUAAGUUCCAUCUUUACCAACAUAGUUCAAUGAUUUGGUGUUUCCCUGAAACCAUAGUUCAGCAUUGCAAGGUUUGUGGUUGGAACUACAGCUGCACUUUUGGUUAGUAACAGUUUCUUGUAAGGUUACGUCAUAGAGUUUGUUGAGACUUGGAUAUCUGUCAUUUCACAUACUGGAUAUCUUUCAUUCUAUAUCUUUCAUUCUGUCAAGAUAUUUGACCCCUUUACAUACACUUAAGAAAAUUGCUUUUACACCAGCAGCAUUACUGCAGCAGAAACUGCUGCACUCUACACCAAGUAAAGUGUGAGAUAUUGGCUUAUCACAGUUGUUAGCACUCGGCUCUGUAUGUGUAUUGCUGUUAACCCUUUAGAGACCCACUCUCUGAUUAAUAAUAUAUUACAGGGUGGUUUUUAUUUUGUUUGUUUAAGGCUACGACUUGUAGUAUACUGUAGUUUUAUUUUGAUUAAAACCCUAUGUCCGCUUAAGAUUAUAAAUUAAAAUAACCACAUUUAAUUUUGUAAUUUUAUUUUUUUUUGAUUAUUUUAUUUUGUUUUCCUACGAGCUGUAAUUAAUACUCAAACACACUAAACUACAAAUACAUGUUCAUUCUGUACAAUAUCUGUUUUUAUUUUUCAAGUCAACUCAUCUUCAUGAUGUCCAUCAACAUUGCACUGUCACUUUAAUUCAGUGUGAGCAGCGUAGCAAAAAUAGGCCCAAUGCCAAAACUCCUGCUGCUCUGGUGCUUCUGCUUCCAAUGUAAAUACACUCAUUUGUUAGCACGAACACCAAAAAAGUGCACUGCUUCUGUCCUGCUUUGGCCUGCUGUGCAAAUCACAAAAAACAAACCCUUUAUAAGGAUUCUCAAACAGAGUAAUGAUUCGAAAAGGAAAGGAAAUCAGCCUACAAAUUGCUUACUUAUAGUUGUCUCUGCAUAUUAAACUGGGAUAGGAGAAAUCACUUUAAUGUCAAAAACAUUACACACUUCAGCUUUUUAAAUGUAGACAAUGUUUUUACUUGAAUGCAUUGUAGCUAAUGCCAGUGUUGUAGGUUUGCAUUACUGGUGAAACUGGUAAAAAUGCUGCAAGCACUGUUACACUUUUUCAUUUUAUUGUCAGACUCAAAGUGCUUGAUUGUAUAAUAUUUGUUAAAUAAUUUUAAGCGUACAGGAUGUCUUGAGAGGGGCAAUGGGCAUGAGUAAUUGCUAUUGUGAAAAGUUAACUGAGGGCGAAACCACUAAUUUAUAUCUAAUUUUAAGCUCUAGUCCGCCAUUCAUACAACCUUCAAUUGCACUUUAGUCUGGACAACAGUUUGCCAAAAAUACCCCAGAGUGUCAGAUUGACAUUGAAACGCUUGAACACAAGAUAAAUAAAUGUUGGUUGGUGGGUAAUGGGGCUUUGCUAAUCUUGAAGGGUGAUGAACCAUGCUGGUGUACACUACACAGGCUUUUGUACUAUAUUUAGGCCAUAAUGUUGUUUUUGUCUUCAAAUUAUAGUACAAAAACCAGAAGAGGUAAAUAUUACAAGAUAUUUUAAUUGUUGGGAAUGCAAUUGCAAACUUUGCAGCAUCUAUAAUGCUGAAUAACUUUCCACAGAAGCACUUCAAGUCUAAACUAUCACCUAUAAGGCAAACAUACGAUAAACGACAAUGUUGACGAAUCACUGUUCUUUUAUUUAGUCAGCCUCUUGAGUGCAACUUGAAUUGGUGCUAUUAUAGUGCAUUUUUAUACUUUAUCUUUAUACUUUAGAAUGCUUUGUUUGUAAAAUGUUAAUAAACUUUGUUACAUAUUGAUUUCUUUUAAAUACAUUUUCAUUUAACAGGAAAAGUAGAAUAUGGAGAGUCAACUUUCAACACUUUCAAAAUCUGGGAUUGAUCUCAAUUAGACUGAGACGCUUUCCAGAAGAAAAAACGGAAUAAAAAUACAAUUUAAAGCUGCCAUCUCAGAGAUGUAGGUGUGCUAUCUGGGUAUAAAAACAAUUAUUUCACUGUAGUAGCCAGGGCAACCAAGCACAACCCAGAUAGCACACGCACAUCUCAGAGAUAUCGGUUUCAGAUCUGGAAAGCAUCACAGUCUGAGUAACAUCUGCUAAACAUCUUCAAAAGAUCAGAUUUACAAAUAUUCUAAAUCAUAAACAUCUCAAAGACGACUGCUGAAUGUUUUAUUGACAUCCGAGACUUAUUGACGUAUUGCAGAUGAGCAAACAAUGUGAAAGAAAAUGUCUUCCAGAUGUAAACACACACAUCUAAUAUACAUCUGGGUGAUGUUUGUGUGCUAUCAGGGAAACAAGUAUUCCAGUGAAGUAUGUAAUAAUUACCUUUCAGAGCAGAUCUGCAGUUUCAGCCCAGAAAAAUGAUAUAAUAAAAUAUAUUUGAGUUGAUGGGCUGCAAGUUGGGUUUGGAUAUAACUGCUUUAAUCUGAAAGAGUAAACAGUAAUAGUUUUAUAGAAAGUUACACUGGAAAGGUCUUUUGUAAUACUUUAGAGGUGAACAAUGUAUUUAUUUUCUUUUUGUUUUUACUGGUUGGUACAAAAGAGUUCUCUCACAAUAACAACUUCAUAAUCGUAAUUGUACAUUUCUAUAUUGCAAAGGUAAGUACUCUUUUCCUCAUAAUUUCAGUUUAAUAUCUCACAAUUUAAACUUUUUCUCACAAUUACAACUUUAUAUCUCACAAUUGUGAGUAUUUCUCAUCAUUUUGAUUUUAUAAUUUGCCAUUUUUACUUUAUUUCUCGCUAAUGCGACUUUAUAUCUUUUUAUUUUAUUUGUAAUUUUUUUUACUGACCACUGCGACUCUCACAAUUUCACUGAAUGAAACGUUUGCCGCCGAAUUCGUCACUCCCAUUUCUUGCGACAUUUCAUUUUCUCUGGCGGUUGUCGCGGGCUGAUCGACCGCGGGCGGCUGGCGGCAAGCCGCUUUGAAAUACAAGGAUUUCAACUCCCAAAAUCGACCAGCCAUGUUGGCUAUUAUUAUUUUUUGCUCCAAAGCCAUUAGGGUUUAUAACAGAGGCUUGACUCUUGAUUCCAUGAUAAGGUAAGGUUUAGGAAAUGACAUUUAAAUUACUUUGAAACUCUGAAGCAAUUAUACAGUAAUAUAUGUAAAAUAUAUUGAAUUAUUUUAUGCACUUCAAAAUUGUUUACAUUUCUUUGAUUGCUGCGCAUUUGAGACAUGCACCAAUAAACCAAAAAUAAUUCCUUUUGUAAAACUUACUUUGCAAUAAAUAUCUUUAUGGUUCUGAUUAGGUUUUAAAAUAGAUAUUUAAUUCAUGGUAUGAACAAUUUAGCAGAAUAAAUUGAUGAAGAUAGACUUUUCACCAAUGCCUGACUAUCAGUGAAUAGUGAAAGACAUCUGCAACAUGGCCAAAAUCUCGGGUAUACUUUAAUUUUUUUUAUUAAUUUGCAACCAUGGUGAUAUCUGUCAUAAACAUGAAAAUCCCUGUUUUGACGUGAAGGAUAAACUCAAUGAAAAAGCGAAAUUAUCCUCUGGUUUCACAGUUGCGCAGAAAUUUCGUUUAUGUCUACAUUUUUUCCAACCUUGAUUUUUUUUUUUUGUUAUUUUACCUUUUACAGGUUUUGCAAUUAUGACCUGUACAAAUGUUUAAGAAAGUGUUAAAGUCCCUGUAAAGGCAGUAAAAAAAAAAUCUAAACGCAUUAUAAAUGUUAAAAAUGUAUUGCUAAAACACAUUACAAAGACUGAACUGUGAAGUUCCGCUGUCGCCAUAUCUGUUUCCGGU